CGCCAGCGUGUGCGCCCUGGUGGGGGGAGUCGUCCUGGCCCAGUACAUCUUCACCGUGAAGAAGAAGACGGGCAGGAAGACCAAGAUCAUCGAGAUGAAAUCCAAAUUUGCCUGCUGCGAUCCAUCAAAGCUGUUCAUUCAGUGAAGGUCAAAGGUUCUGUUGUUGGUGCACCAGCUGAUCGUCUGUAAGCUGUAUCGCUGAGCAUAACAAAGUGCUGUGCAUUGCUGAUGUGCGUCACAGGACCCUGGGUUUUUGCACAGGGAUUAGUCAGGCUGUAUUUGGAAACGCCCUCAACUGCACCUUGUGCUGCUAUAUUAGUGUUUCCCAAGCAAGAAGAAUUUUCUUUCACUCCUUCAGCUGCUCCGGCAAACCCCUCCGCCUGUAUGCAAGCCCUGCAUCUCUGGACGUUGCUUACCACCUAUGCUGUUGCAGUAGGACAAAAUCAAGGACAGAAGAAUCAAAAGUGCCCUAAGCUCAACGCACAGAUGCCAGAAUUUCAGAAGAAGACUGUCCAUAUCAAGGACCCAGGAAGAGUAGAAGAAAUCAUCUGUGGACUCAUCAAAGGUGGAGCUGCCAAACUUCAGAUCAUUACAGAUUUUGAUAUGACAUUGAGUAGAUUUUCUUACAAUGGAAAAAGAUGUCCAACAUGUCACAAUGUCAUUGAUAACUGUAAGCUCAUCACAGAAGAAUGUCGGAAAAAGUUAUUGCAGCUGAAAGAAACCUAUUAUGCUAUUGAAAUUGACCCUGAUCUUACCAUUGAAGAAAAAUAUCCUUACAUAGUUGAAUGGUACAAUAAAUCACAUACUUUACUUGUUGAACAAGGUUUACAGAAGGAUAAAUUUGCAGAAAUCGUGAGGGAAUCUGAUGUUAUGCUCAAGGAAGGAUAUGAGAACUUCUUUGAUAAGCUCAAUGAACAUAAUAUUCCUGUGUUCAUAUUUUCUGCUGGGAUUGGAGACAUUCUAGAGGAAGUCAUCCAUCAGGCUGGCGUCUACCAUUCUAAUGUCAAAGUAGUUUCCAAUUUCAUGGAUUUUGAUGAGAAUGGUGUGUUAAAGGGAUUUAAAGGAGAAUUGAUUCAUGUUUAUAACAAACAUGAUGGCGCUUUGAAGAACACAGAGUACUUCAAACAGUUAAAAGACAACAGCAACAUCAUAUUGCUUGGAGAUUCACAGGGAGACUUAACUAUGGCAGAUGGAGUAGCAAACGUUGAACACAUUCUUAAGAUUGGCUAUCUAAAUGAUAAAGUAGAAGAGCUUCUGGAAAAAUACAUGGACUCUUAUGAUAUUGUUUUGGUAAAAGAUGAAUCUUUGGAUGUGGCCAAUUCCAUCCUACAGAAAAUCCUGUAAAUUGCAUCCUCAAGUCACUCUACUUCUCCUAAUGGGACAACUGGACAGAAGAGCACAUUUGUGCUAUCUUAGAGAUGUGUUUAUUAUUCAUAGUUUUCUGAACUCUUGUAAUUCUUAAUUUAAAAAUUUUGAUCAUUUUGGUAUCUAAAAGUAAUAUACAGCGUCCAUUGUCAAUUGGAAGCUUUACUGUUCUUAUGCCACCCCUCACUGUCUCACCUCUGCUCUGUUUUAACAGGUGUGAUUAACUUUACUGCUUAGAGGACAUUAGUUUGUUCUUUUAAUCAUGCAUCUGAGAGGGGUGUUUUAGAAACUGGAGUUAUUUUGUAACAUUUAAGAUGUAAAGAUUCUGUGAUUAGCUAAUGUGCAGGGGUCUGUGUUGUGUUUUGUACAGUCCUGAGUUCUCUCAUGCAGACAGCUAUUUUCAAGAAUCAUAGUUGCACUUGAGAGCAGUGGUUAUUUUAAUGUUUCACAGUACAAGUUUUCAUAAUUUUUUUUCCCUCCUGGUGAAAAUGAUACAACAUAAAGAUAUCAUGCUUCAGACAAAAUGUUACUGUAUAUGGACUCUAGUAUCACUUUACAUCAAAUCACUGAUUUAAAAAAAUUGCUAAAGUUUACUCUUAACUAAAUAGCACUGCCUUAUCAGUAACAGUUGGAAGUUAAAUGUUAGUCACCUGUAAAGUCUAUACUUGAUUGGCUUUGGGUGUUUUGUGCAGCAACUUUAGAGAAUAACUACCAAAAAAAUCUCCCAUGGAAGGCUGUAAAAUACAGUUUGCUCUUUUGGUUA